AUGGCACCAAAACACGAUUCAAUUUCUGAAAUCACACCUGCUAAGGAGAAUUGGAACAUAAUCGUCAGAGUCGUCCGUCUUUGGUAUGUCAAAGAUAUGGCGAAAGAUAAACUGCCAUUCUCAAUGGAGAUGGUGCUCAUGGAUGCUAAAGGUGAUCGCAUUCACGCAACUGUACGUCGGACACUGAUCUAUAAGUUUGAGAAAGAUCUCAAGGAGGACAAUGUAUUUAUGAUUUCCAAUUUUGGUGUUGCUGCGAACAUUGGUUCGUAUAGAACUACGAGACAUAUGUACAAGCUCAAUUUUCAAUUUGCAACUAGAUUAAAAUUGUCUGAAAAUCGUUUUGUCCCACCGAAUUUGUAUUUGAUUAGUAACCCGAGUGAAAUUUUUUCUGGGCACUAUGACACUGACUAUCUGGUUGAUCUUAUGGGAAUGCUGACUGGUGUUGGUAUGGAGAAAACAUAUGACAGAAAUGGAACUCAAUCAAAGAUGGUUGUUGUAGAACUAGACCAUGAUGGGUAUGCUUUAUGA